AUGAAGUUAUUUCGGAAAUGUAGGCAAAACCAACGACCCAGAGAACACAGGGAUGAGGCGCGCGCCCCUCAGGAAGAGGCAAGACAAGGAGCUGGGAAGCAGGAUGGUUUCCCAAGGAUUUAUGAAGCUUUACAAAAACCCGACGGCGGUAACCGUGAAGGUUCUGCAGGCCGGGAGGUGACCGGGGAAUGGGCACCCGAAUGUCGCGGCGCAGGGGAGCGUUCCCGGGGCGCUCGGGUUCAUGCCCAGCCGGGGACAGCCGAGGUGACAGCCCGUGCUGGCCCCGGACACGCCGAGCGGCACCGGCCGCGGCGGGGGCUCCGGCCCGGGGCAGCGACGCCUCCUCGGCGCUCGCUGCCUGGUGGUUCAGGAGCUGCUGCCCUGGCGUUCUUUUCCCCCCGAGCGGUGCGGGCGGAGGAGGCUGGAGCGAUAAAUAUCCCUGUGGCUGCAGGCGGGCUGGGGACAAGAAGGGCCCGCCCGGGGGCUGCGGGCAGCGCCCUGAGCUGGGCGCUCUCCUGGGGUCUCUGUGCACGGGCUGCGGCUUUGCAGGGCUACGGAGGCGUGACAGGACCCGGAACAAACCCGUAUAGUAGUACCUCUAGGCGGCAGAACCAACCUCAAAGGCACUACGGAAUUACCUCUCCAAUUAGCUUGGCUCCUCCUAAGGAUAUAGAUUUCAUUCAUACCCAGAAAUUAGUUGAUGCAAUGAAGCCAUUUGGGGUAUUUGAAGAAGAGGAAGAAUUGAAUCACAGGUUGGUUGUUCUUGAGAAACUGAAUAAUUUGGUCAAAGAAUGGAUUUCAGAACUUGGUGAGAGCAAGAAUCUUUCCCCUUCAGCAGUAGCAAGUGUUGGUGGCAAAAUAUUUACAUUUGGUUCUUACAGGCUUGGAGUACAAACUAAAGGUGCUGACAUAGAUGCUGUUUGUGUUGCUCCUAGACACGUGGAAAGAUCAGAUUUUUUUCAGUCAUUCUUUGAAAAACUAAAACAUCAGGAGGAAAUAAAAAAUUUAAGAGCAGUUGAAGAUGCAUAUGUACCAGUUGUCAAGUUUGAAUUUGAUGGCAUUGAGAUUGAUCUUGUGUUUGCAAGACUGCCUAUGCAAACUGUUUCUGAUAACCUUGAUCUUGGAGAUGACUCACGUCUGAGAAGCCUGGAUAUAAGAUGUAUACGGAGCUUAAAUGGCUGCAGAGUUACUGAUGAAAUACUACAUCUAGUGCCAAAUAAAGAGAACUUCCGACUCACGCUCCGUGCUAUCAAGCUGUGGGCAAAACGACGUGGCAUUUACUCCAACAUGCUGGGAUUUCUUGGUGGGGUUUCCUGGGCAAUGCUGGUAGCAAGAACAUGUCAGCUCUAUCCGAAUGCUUUGGCUUCUACUCUUGUUAACAAGUUCUUCUUGGUUUUUUCAAAAUGGGAAUGGCCAAAACCUGUAAUGCUGAAACAACCUGAAGACAGCAAUCUUAAUUUACCAGUAUGGGACCCUAGGGUGAACCCAUCAGACAGAUACCAUGUAAUGCCUAUCAUCACCCCAGCCUAUCCACAGCAGAACUCAACAUACAAUGUGUCUGCAUCAACACGAGCAGUCAUGGUAGAGGAGUUCAAACAUGGUCUUGCAGUUACAAAUGAGAUUCUCCAAGGAAAAUCAGACUGGUCAAAGCUCUUUGAGCCUUUGAACUUCUUUCAGAAGUACAAACAUUAUAUUGUGCUGACUGCUAGUGCCUCUACUGAAGAGCACCACUUAGAGUGGAUUGGCCUUGUUGAAUCUAAAAUUCGUGUGCUGGUUGGAAACUUGGAGAGGAAUGAAUUUAUAACUAUUGCACAUGUACAGCCACAGUCUUUCCCUGGCAACAAAGAACUCCGUAAACAGAGUGGAUAUGUGUCAAUGUGGUUUCUUGGGAUCAUUUUUAGGAAAGUGGAAAAUGCAGAAAGUGUUAACAUUGAUUUAACAUACGUUAUACAGUCAUUCACAGAUACAGUUUACAGGCAGGCUAACAAUCUCAACGUGUUAAAGGAAGGUAUGAAGAUUGAGGCAGCUCAUGUGAAAAGAAAGCAUCUCCACUAUUUUUUGCCUGCAGAAAUCUUGCAGAAAAGGAAGAAGCAAAGCAUGCCAGACGUUAGUCAAAAUGCAAGUGGGCUUCAGUGCAAAAGGGCUUCUUCAGAUGGAAGCUGUUUGGAAAGUUCCAGAGACAUGGACUACAGAAUAUGUGGUUCCUCAUCAUUAAGCAAGAUAUCUAAAUUGGACACCUCUACAGCAGAGAUGGAAAGAAAUGCUGUGUGUCAGAGAUCCAGUGGUGCAAAGAGUAGAGAGAAGAUGCCUCUUGUAGCUGUACCAUCUGUGUCUAAAGGACUCCCCAUUCCUGUUAUUGAUUCAAAAAUAGAGGCUACAGUUGCAAUAAGGACAUCUGGACCUCCAAUUGGUUGCACCAUCCCAGGACAUAACACCUUUUCUCAACUCAGAGCACAUUUUGUCCAAGGACAGCUUGAUGUAUGUGGGACUCCAGUUACCAGUCCUAAGAUCACUGCACCCAAACGAUGUUAUUUACAGACCUCUAAAGGAUGUCAUUCACCUACAUCAGAAGAAUGCCCUGAAAAACCAAUAGAUGGAGACAUGUUAACUGGCCAGGAUUCAGCAUUCAAAGAUGGUGGCAAUCCAGAAGAUGUCAAAAGAUCUACGGAAAAUGUAACUUUGAAAGGAAAAUCCAUGCUGAUUCCAAUUCUCAACACAUCCAGAUCACAGAGGCUUUCCAGUAAAGAACUACCAGAUGCUUCAUCUCCUGUUCCAACCAAUAGUAUUCGUAUUAUUAAAAGAUCCAUCAAACUUACCCUUAAUGGGUAA